CCCAGCAAUACCCUAAUACCUUCACUCACUUACAAUGGCAGACGUCAAAUAUCUCGAGACUCUCUUUGAGUACCACCCUGACUUCCCCAAGCCUGGAGUCAACUUCUGCGACAUCCUCCCCGUCCUGCGAGACCCUCUGGCCUUUGAGUCUCUCAUCAGCCACAUCCUGCACCACAUCUUCACCGUCACUCUGCCCAAGCUGCGUGAGGGCGUGCCCGAUGCAGAGAAGAAGAGUGUCAAGAUCGAUGCCAUCGUUGGUUUGGACGCUCGUGGGUUCCUCUUCGGACCUCAGCUAGCUCAGAGGCUAGGAGCUGCUUUCCUUCCUGUCAGGAAGAGGGGCAAGCUGCCGGGAGAGAACGUCCAGGCGGAGUACGUCAAGGAAUACGGUACUGAUGUCUUUGAGCUGCCCUCCAAGCCCAUCCUCUCCACAUCUGGCAAGCCAGCUAACAUCAUCGUCGUGGACGACCUCAUCGCAACCGGUGGAUCCGCUGGUGCAGCAGGCGAGCUCGUCCGGAAGGUUGGAGGCAAGACCAUUGAGUACAUCUUCGUGGUUGCUAUUCCCUUCCUCAAGGGAGAGGAGAAGCUCGAUGCUCCCUCAUAUCAGUAAGUCGCUGGAGGCAGCGCCAGGUGAAGGAAUACGUAUCUCUGAUCUUAUCUGAACCCGCUCUCCGCACCCCACACUCACAGCCUCGUUGAAUGCGAUUGAGCAUCUUGCCGGAGCAAGUUGAGAUUGUAGACCACAACGCAAGCACUCAUGUCACUGUAGCGCCCCUUGUAUAGACUUGGCAACUCAUAUGCUCG